CGCUCCGUAAGCCGGGAGCCCGCGGGCGGCGGGGCCCGGGCCCUGCCGCGUCCCUGCCGUGUCCCUGCGCCGGGAUCCGCUCCCUGCCGCAGCUCCGGGAUCGCCACCCCCGCCCGCCUCUGUCCCUGCCGUGUCCCUGCGCCGGGAUCCGCUCCCUGCCGCAGCUCCGGCAUCGCCACCCCCGCCCGCCUCUGUCCCUGCCGUGUCCCUGCGCCGGGAUCCGCUCCCUGCCGCAGCUCCGGCAUCGCCACCCCCGCCCGCCGCUGUCCCGGCCCGCUGUCCCUGCCCGCUGUCCCGGCCCGAGCGGCUGCUUCGUUAUUUCCGUUUGAAUUGAUAAAGCAGUUACGGGCCGCAUAAUCUUUGGGUUAUUCCUUCUUCCGUGCCUUAUAGAUUUUCUCUCAAAGCAGCUAAGGAAGGACAAUGGGAGUUCAAGGACUUUGGAAGCUGCUUGAAUGCACCGGGAGACCCAUAAACCCAGAAACGCUGGAAGGGAAAAUUCUUGCUGUUGAUAUCAGUAUUUGGUUGAACCAAGCAAUAAAGGGAGCCAGAGAUCGUGGUGGUAUUUCUGUACGGAAUGCUCACCUCCUCACUCUGUUUCAUCGACUCUGCAAGUUACUAUUUUUCCGGAUUCGACCGGUCUUUGUUUUUGAUGGAGAGGCACCUCUUCUGAAGAGACAAACCUUGGCCAAGCGAAGACAAAGAAAGGAAAAUGCCAUCAAUGAUUCCAGGAAAACUACAGAGAAACUCUUGAAAACACUUUUGAAGAGACAUGUUAUCAAAACUGCUAUUACAGGCAAAAGCAAUGAAGCUUUGCCCAGUAUUACACAAGUUCGCAGAGAAGGAAUUGAUGAUAUGUAUGUAUUGCCUGCUUUAGAGGAUGAAGAGAAGAAUAGCUCAGAGGAGGAGGAAGAAAAAGAAUGGCAAAUGAGAAUGAGCCAAAAACAGAUGUUGCAAGAACAAUUAUGUGAAAAUCCUUAUUCUGUAGAUAUUGAAUCAGAAGAUUUCCACAAGCUGCCUCCAGAAAUAAAACAUGAGAUCUUGACUGAUAUUAAAGAACUUACAAAGCGAAGAAGAACGUUAUUUGAAGCAAUGCCAGAGGACUCCAAUGACUUUUCCCAAUACCAGCUUAGGGGUUUGCUUAAAAAGAGCAACCUCAAUCGGUGCAUAGAAAAUGUACAAAAAGAAAUGAGCCAACAGCAUUCGGGUGAAAUCCAAACACAAUAUGAAAAUGAAGGUGGUUUUGUGAAAGAAGUGGAAUCAAGGAGGGUGGUCUCUGAAGAGACUUCUCACUAUAUUCUGAUAAAGGGUAUUCAAGCAAAAGAGUCUAUGAAUAGAGAGUUGGAAACUACUGCAGGACCCUCAUCAAAAAUGCAUGAAUUGACUAAAUUAAAUAAAAUCAAUGAAUCUCCUGCUAAGGCAAAGCAGGAAGAUGACAAUGUAGUGGCAGCACCGCCCUCGCCUCGGACUUUGCUUGCUAUCCAGGCAGCCAUGGUGGAAAGCAGCUCAGAAGAAGAACUGGAUGCAGGACAAUUGAACAUGGACCGAUUUGUGUCAGAGGAAGGCAGUGUGUCUCCAAGAACACUGCGGGCAAUUCAGCAAGCUCUGAGUGAAGAUGAUAAAGGGGAGGAAGUUGCUACUGCUGCAACUGAUGGAGUGCUGUUAGAAAGACCAGAAGGGAAGGAUUUUCUGCUUACUAGCUCAGAUGAGGAAGAACAGAUUCCUGAAGUUAAGGAAGGAGAAAACAUUCCUACAGCUACAAUUCAUUCAUCAAUCCAAGUGACUGUACAAGAUGCUAAAUUUAAACAGAAGACUCAGGAGUUGGAAAAAAGUGAUACUACAUCCAAAGACACUGGUAUAUUCAGAGAUGAAAAUUAUUCUGCUAUUGAAAAUACUAGAAAAGGCAAAGAAGAUAUAGACAAAGAAGAAAAUUAUUCAGAAAAUCAUAUUGCACCCAAGGACACCAGUAUAUCCAUAGCUGAAAAUUAUUCUUAUAUUAACAAUACUAGAAAAGAUAAAGAAGACUUUGACAAAGAAAAAAAUGGUUCUAAAAUGGACUUAAAGUCUCUGGGAGAUAAGAAUAUGAAUUUGUGUUUGCAGAAGCCAAGCUGUUCCCCUGUGCAAACCAAUAUAGGUCCUUUGAUUCACACUGAGACAACAGACCUUUCUAAAAAUGAGGAAAACUUGAAAAUUUCUGAAAACACACAGGAAGUAAUUUCACAAACAAAGGAGAAUCUAUCUGUGGAUACUAGAUUUUUUCAAGAAGCAAGAGAUCCUGAGGCGGAAAGAGAAAGGAUGUCACAGUCCGAAGACAGUGAUUCUGAUGGAAGCUUCAUUGAAGUGGAUGCUGAGGUCAGUAAUGAUGCUGAGUUUCCUACUAAAUAUGAUGAAGAAAUGAGUGAUGAACCGACACGUGCAGAAGUGGAGACAGACAGACAGGAUGUUUUUACACUGGACGUGCUGAAAGAAUCUGAUGAGGUGCAGUUGGGAAACACUCAGAAUGUUGAAAGAAAUGCUGAUGGUAAAGCUGCAGUGGAAGAGUGGCAAGACAUCAGUUUGGAAGAACUAGAAGAAUUAGAAAAGGACCUUUCUGCUGAACAAAAUACACUUCAGUCUCAAAAACAGCAGCAGGAACGUGUUGCCGCUUCUGUAACAGGACAGAUGUUCUUGGAAAGCCAGGAGCUCCUCCGUCUGUUUGGCAUUCCAUAUAUCGAAGCUCCGACAGAGGCUGAGGCACAGUGUGCCAUAUUGGACCUUACUGAUCAGACCUCUGGGACAAUCACCGAUGACAGUGAUGUUUGGUUGUUUGGUGGACGACAUGUUUAUAAAAAUUUCUUCAGUCAGAACAAAUACAUAGAAUAUUAUCAGUAUGUUGACUUUCAGAACGAGCUAGGGUUGGAUAGAAGCAAGCUAAUUAAUUUGGCAUACUUGCUUGGAAGUGACUACACUGAGGGCAUCCCAAAUGUUGGCUUUGUAACAGCGAUGGAGAUUUUAAAUGAAUUUCCUGGGCAUGGCUUGGAACCUCUCUUAAAAUUUGCUGAGUGGUGGAAUGAGGCUCAGAAGAAUAAGAAAGUGAUGCCUAAUCCACAUGACACUAAAGUCAAGAAGAAACUGCGGGAGCUACAGCUUUAUUCAGGUUUCCCAAAUCCAGCAGUGGCAGAAGCAUACCUGAAACCUGUGGUGGAUGAGUCAAGGGGUUCAUUUACCUGGGGAAAGCCUGAUGUAGAGCAGAUCAGAGAAUUCUGCAAGGAUCACUUUGGCUGGACUAGGACGAAGAUAGAUGGAAUCCUUUUGCCUGUGAUGAAACAACUGAACUUACAGCAGACUCAGCUUCGAAUUGAUUCAUUCUUCAGACUAGAACAGCAUGAGAAACAAGCUAUUAAAAGCCGGAGACUGCUCAGAGCUGUGACUUGUCUCAAGAGAAAGGAAAAGGAAGAAGACAAUGAAAUUCAGGAGGCCGCUGCUGUCACAGAGAUGAAACUUAAACAGUCCAGAAAAACGAAAGGGGAAGGUACCACAGGUGACAUAAAUCAAGCUGCAGCAACAAAACAGAGUGGAAAGAGAAGAAAACAUUCAGAUUCCAGAAAAGAAUUUUUAUAUGGAGGUGGUUUUGUUGGAAAUUUGAAUCUUUCAGAAGCUUCUAGUGACUCCUCAGUGGAGGAAUCCAAAGGUAGAGAUUUAGGCAAGAGCAAAAGGAAGAAAAACACGUCUGCAACAGAGACAGCCGACCAUAAAGAGAAAAAAGGGUGCAGUAGCUCAAGUAGUGAAGAUGAAGACCUGGGAAAUGUAGUCAUGGUGACUGCCAAACCUGUGUUUGAAGGCAGAAAAAAGAAAUCACGAAGCAAGAGAGGAAUAAGAAAGAAAAUAUCUUAAAUAUAAUAAUUAUUUAAAAAGACUGAUUUUUGUGACUUGAGCUUUGUAAAUAUUAUAAUGAAUUCUUUUUAAAAUAUAAUAAAUUAUCCUUAUUUGUACUGCA